AUGCUAAAAACACCAACACUACUGAAAGAUGGUUUGAGCUAUAUUGCUAACAUCCCAUCAGUGGUCCCACAGGAGGGAGAGGAGCCCUCUGAUUUCGAGCCAACAUGCCCAAUUGAAGUGAAACAGGACCCCUGCACCUCGAGCUUACGGGCAACGUUUGCAGGGAGAGCUUCUGUACCAAAGCGAAAGAAACCCCUAAGCGAGGAGGUUGCCGAGUGGCAAAUUCGUUUCUUCAAAUCUCAGGUGGCAUUGUCAGAGAAGAAGCAAAAGCUGGUUGAGACACAGCAACGGGUACUAGAGAAAUAUGAGAGGCGUAUGGACAACGAGGACGUUGACUCUUUCAUAAAAAGCCAAUUUUUCAAUUAAAUUAAAUUUAAUUGUAUUGUAUUG